GGCGGCUGGGCGGGGAUAUAUAAGCCCCAGCUAGCCGGCCUGCUCUGGGAUUCCUAGUGUUGCUGGAGACCCGUAACGCGUCUGCAGCCAACGACCCUCCGCAAGCAUCACCUGUCGGAAUAGCCAUGCGCGAGUGUAUCUCCAUCCAUGUGGGCCAGGCGGGCGUGCAGAUGGGCAAUGCCUGCUGGGAGCUCUACUGCUUGGAGCACGACAUCCAGCCCAAUGGCACCAUGCUCAGUGACAAGGCGCUGGGCAGCGGCGAUGACUCCUUCAACACCUUCUUCAGUGAGACCGGGGCUGGCAAGCAUGUGCCCCGGGCUGUCUUUGUAGACCUGGAGCCUGCUGUCAUAGAUGGGGUAAGAACUGGCAUUUAUAGGCAGCUCUUCCACCCUGAGCAGCUGAUAUCUGGCAAGGAGGACGCUGCCAACAACUAUGCCCGAGGCCACUACACUGUGGGAAAGGAGAUCAUCGAUCUUGUGCUGGAGCGAAUCCGAAAACUGACAGACCAGUGCACUGGCCUUCAGGGUUUCCUCAUCUUCCACAGCUUUGGGGGUGGCACUGGCUCAGGCUUCACCUCCCUGUUGAUGGAGCGGCUUUCUGUAGACUACGGCAAGAAGUCCAAGUUGGAAUUUGCCAUCUACCCCGCGCCCCAGGUGUCCACGGCCGUGGUGGAGCCCUACAACUCCAUCCUGACCACCCACACCACCCUGGAGCACUCGGACUGUGCCUUCAUGGUGGACAACGAGGCCAUCUACGACAUAUGCCGGCGCAACCUGGACAUCGAGCGCCCCACCUACACCAACCUCAACCGGCUCAUCGGCCAGAUUGUGUCCUCCAUCACAGCCUCCCUGCGCUUCGACGGGGCCCUCAAUGUGGACCUCACGGAGUUCCAGACCAACCUGGUGCCCUACCCCCGCAUCCACUUCCCCCUGGUGACCUAUGCCCCCAUCGUCUCGGCCGAGAAGGCCUACCAUGAGCAGCUGUCAGUGGCAGAGAUCACCAACGCCUGCUUCGAGCCCUCCAACCAGAUGGUCAAGUGUGACCCUCGCCAUGGCAAAUACAUGGCCUGCUGCAUGCUGUACCGCGGGGAAGUGGUGCCCAAGGACGUGAAUGCUGCCAUCGCUGCUAUUAAGACCAAGCGCACCAUCCAGUUUGUGGACUGGUGUCCCACAGGUUUCAAGGUUGGCAUUAACUACCAGCCCCCCACAGUGGUGCCCGGGGGCGACCUGGCCAAGGUGCAGCGGGCCGUGUGCAUGCUGAGCAACACCACAGCCAUCGCCGAGGCCUGGGCCCGCCUCGACCACAAGUUUGACCUGAUGUACGCCAAGCGGGCCUUUGUGCACUGGUACGUGGGCGAGGGCAUGGAGGAAGGAGAGUUCUCAGAGGCUCGGGAGGACCUGGCCGCCCUGGAGAAGGAUUAUGAAGAAGUGGGAACAGAGUCUAUAGACGGCGAAGAUGAAAGUGAGGAGUUCUAGGGGGUCCUGGCCCCUGCAAUGCCCGGUCUCUCUACCUAGUUUUGUAUUUCUUGUUCCACUGUUUCCCUAACCCCCUACCAAUACAGUCAGUGUUGCAAGUGA